AUGUUCAUAUCCAAAAUCUCUAGAUACUUAAAAGAAAUGGAAGAUAAAAAUACUUUAAGAGCUGCUAUUAUUUACAUGCUAGUUGCUUAUUUUUUUCAUGCUGUGUAAAUUACAUUUUUUAAAUAUGGUCAUUUCGACAUAGUUCCAUAGAGUUUAUUUAUUAGAUCAAUUUCCUCCUUAAUUCUUAUUUUUCUAUUUCAGUAAUAACAGAAUUAUUAUCCUAAGGGUAAAACACAGUAUUUAAUAAAAUCAUAGCUUCUAGGAGCUAUUGGAUCCUCUAUAUACUUUUUUGGAUUAAGUUUUAUUUCUUUAUCUGAAGCAGCAAUCUUAUUUUCCACAAAUUCAAUUUGGAGUUAAUUAAUUGUUAGUUGUAUGAAAAGAGAACAUAUAACUAAGUCAAGAUUAAUAAACUCAAUAAUUUGUAUUGUAGGAAUAGGUUUAGUGUCAAAUCCUACACUUAGUACUGAGGAUCCUUUUAUGCAUAUAAUUGGAUGCUUUAGUAUAUUGCUUUGUAGUAUAGUCUAAUCAUUUUCUUAUAUAACAAUGAAAUAAAUAGGAUCUGAAGUAUCAGCAACAAUUGUAACUUCAUAUUUCCAUAUUAUGAUCAUCAUAAGUUCAAGUCUAUGGCAAUAAUACAUUGGUAGAUUUGAAUAUUUUACAGGAUACUGGUUUUAUAUAUUGGGAUUUGCAGUAUUUACUCUUUUUGGAUAAAUGCUUUAAUUUAGAGCCUAAACAAUGGUUACAUAUGAUAAGAUAUGUAAUUAUACAUAUUCUUAAACAUUAUAUGUGAUUAUUAUAGAUUAUGUACUCUUUAGAAAAAUAUUAAGUUUAAAUGGUUUUAUUGGAGGAUGUUUAAUUUUAUUUGGGGUUUUUAAAUAAUUAUCAGAAGAUAAAAAACUUAGAGGAUGA